GUGUGGGCUAAGCCGGAGGCCCCGGCUUUAGACUGGACCCCACAAUGUUUGCAGAGAUGUUCAGGCACGUGGGAGCUGAUUACACACAAUGAAUGGGGGCAAUGAGAGCAGUGGAGCAGACAGAGCUGGGGGCCCUGUGGCCACAUCUGUCCCCAUCGGCUGGCAGCGCUGUGUUCGAGAGGGUGCUGUGCUCUAUAUCAGCCCAAGUGGCACAGAGCUGUCUUCCUUGGAGCAAACCCGGAGCUACCUCCUCAGCGAUGGGACCUGCAAGUGCGGUCUGGAGUGUCCACUCAAUGUCCCCAAGGUUUUCAACUUUGACCCUUUGGCCCCGGUGACCCCGGGUGGGGCUGGGGUGGGGCCCGCAUCAGAGGAGGACAUGACCAAGCUGUGCAACCACCGGCGGAAAGCCGUUGCCAUGGCAACUCUGUACCGAAGCAUGGAGACCACCUGCUCACACUCUUCUCCUGGAGAGGGAGCGAGCCCCCAAAUGUUCCACACUGUGUCCCCAGGGCCCCCCGCUGCCCGUCCUCCCUGUCGAGUCCCUCCUACAACUCCACUUAAUGGGGGUCCUGGCUCCCUUCCCCCAGAACCACCCUCCGUUCCACAGGCCUUCCCUCCUCUAGCAGGCCCUGGGGGGCUCUUCCCACCACCAAGGCUUCCUGACCCAGUCCCUUCUGGAGGCAGCAGCAGCCCCUGUUUCCUUCCAAGGGGCAAUGCCCCCUCUCCAGCCCCACCGCCUCCACCUGCUAUCAGCCUCAAUGCUCCCUCCUACAACUGGGGAGCUGCCCUCCGAUCCAGCCUGGUGCCCCCUGACCUGGGCUCAUCUCCAGCCCCCCAUGCCUCCUCCUCACCACCUUCAGACCCUUCUCUUUUCCACUGUAGUGAUGCCUUAACGCCCCCUCCUCUGCCCCCAAGCAAUCUUUCAGCCCCCCCUACCCUCAUAGCUUUAAAUUCUGCGCUGCUGGCUGCCAGCCUGGAUCCCCCCUCGGGGACACCCCCCCAGCCCUGUGUCCUGAGUGCCCCCCAACCUGGACCACCUACCUCCAGUGUCACCACGGCAACUACUGACCCGGGGGCCUCCUCUCUGGGCAAGGCCCCCUCCAACUCAGGGAGACCCCCCCAACUCCUUAGCCCUCUGCUGAGUGCCAGCCUGCUGGGUGAUCUGUCUUCGCUGACCAGCAGCCCUGGAACCCUCCCCAGCCUGUUGCAGCCUCCUGGCCCUCUUCUCUCUGGCCAGUUGGGGCUGCAGCUCCUCCCUGGGGGGGGAGCUCCUCCACCCCUCUCAGAGGCUUCUAGUCCCCUAGCCUGCCUGCUACAGAGUCUCCAGAUUCCUCCAGAGCAGCCAGAAGCCCCUUGUCUGCCCCCUCAGAGCCCCACCUCAGCCCUGGAACCGGAGCCUGCCCGGCCUCCCCUCAGUGCCUUAGCCCCACCCCACGGUUCUCCCGACCCCCCAGUCCCUGAGCUGCUCGCUGGGAGGGGGUCAGGGAAACGGGGCCGGAGGGGAGGAGGGGGACUUAGGGGCAUUAAUGGUGAGGCCAGGCCAGGCCGGGGCCGAAAGCCUGGUAGCCGGCGGGAGCCUGGCCGACUGGCCCUCAAGUGGGGGGCACGUGGUGGCUUCAAUGGACAAAUGGAACGGUCCCCAAGAAGGACCCAUCACUGGCAGCAUAAUGGGGAGCUGGCUGAAGGGGGUGUUGAACCCAAGGAUCCAUCCCCUCCUGGACCCCAUUCUGAGGACCUUAAGGUGCCCCCAGGGGUAGUCAGAAAGUCUCGUCGUGGCCGGAGGAGAAAAUACAACCCUGCUCGGAACAGCAAUAGCUCCCGCCAGGACGUUACCUUGGACCCCAGCCCCACAACCCGCGCGGCUGUCCCUCUGCCUCCCCGGGCCCGCCCUGGCCGUCCUGCCAAAAACAAGAGGAGGAAACUGGCCCCUUAG